AUGGUGGCAACCCGUCGAAGCGCUCGACGAACAAAGAGCAGCAUCGAGUUGCGCGAUAUUUUCGCCAACCGACCUGUAUCGCCGACAGAAACAACAGACACUGACAGCAGCAGCAGCAUCAGCAGAAACAGCAGCAACAGCAGCAACAACAGCAACAAUGACAGCAAUUUGGAUAGUGAACAAGAUUUCUCUUCAACAGCUUUUCUAGUUUCUUUACAAGAAACGAUUCGAUGCCGCAAGAAAAUGGGGACAUCGCCCAUUUUCGACUUCAUUGUAUCUGGCAACAAGGUGCUAGAUGAUGGAUGGCUGCGCACGGAGCUGAUGAAGAAAACUCCACUCAAAGUUGCAGAUGAUGAGAUGAGGCUGAUGCUGUUUAUUUUCAUGAGUCUUUCUGGCGCUGGCGGAGGAAACAAAGGAUACUCUCCUCCAGUCGAGCUUCUGUCAACUGCUUGGGGUGUCUCAAAACCGGCAGUUCGGAGAGCUUGUGGCUUGGGGUUGGAGCAUGAUUUUCUCCAUUGGAUAACAUCGUGUGACCUCAUCGAUGAGGAUGAUCUGAAUGGCAAUAAAAAGCGGCCGGCUGGCCCAUUUCCCAACCAACCAACAACCAACACCAAUGCUGAUGAUGUUGUCUUCUCGCCUGCACUAGUGAAUCGAGACCCAAAGCGUCGGGAUCUCCGACCGACUCCUUUGGUUACAGCAGAAGAUCUGGCAUCACCCGCCAGCACAGUUUCUCCUGCAAGGGAACGCUCUCCCAUUUCUCCUUUACUGGAAGACGGAUUCUGCUCACCUGAGAAUUCAGUUCGCAGUCAAAAUGAUCCGAGGCGACACAACAGGACACGUCUUGAUUUCAAUCUUGCCGACAACAAGGAAGUAUCAACUCAGACUGAUGAUCUGUUGCCAGGCCAAAACAUGAGCCCUCAGGCGGAACUGGCCGGACGCAUUCGAUCCGAGAUACAAGCACAAAAAGAUAUUAGCAGCGUCUGUGAGGAAGAAGUUUGCCGGGCUCUUUAUGCGCUCUUCAGAAAGAAAAGAGAGUCUCUCAUUCAAUGCUCUGCCGACGACGAUGACUUGCCACAAAUCAGCAAGGCUUCGCUCGCAGCAUCUGCAGAGAUAAUAACGCUAAAACCAUUCCGAAAUGGAAGCCCGUUGAAGAUCAUGCGCAUCAAAGAGACCAGACAAAGCAAAGGCGAAAAGAGAGGACGAAAGCGUCGUGGAAAAGGGCAUCUUGUCGAGGCUCUGCUGUCAAAUCUUGGUCUCUCAACGGAGGAAACUGUAGUGGUUCUUCGGAGCAUGGCUGCAAGACGGGGCCUCCGAGUGAUGAAUCAGAAUGAUGCUGGGCUCAGCAUUGCGCAAUGUGCAGCGUUGAUGCUCUAUCUUCCAGUAACAGCGAGAGGCCUUGAGCGCCUACAAAGAUUUGUCAAGUGGGCUCUACCCAACAGCAUUGGCCCAACGUUUAUGCCUCAGCUGCUGAGGAAAAGCAUUGCGAAGUACUCAAUGGAUUCCUUUGAUUUGAAGCUUGGAUUUGAGCUUGUUUCACUUGAAAUUGGUGGGAAAACAAGAAACCAACGUUGCUUGCAUGUGUGGAUAAAGCAGCCUGCAGUGGCAAUCCAACGUCUUGUUCAGAGUGCGAUGAUAGCCGGCAAGUUUGAAGAGUCUAUUUCAUUCUGCAACCACAGAGAUGAGCUUGUUGUCGUCCAAGGAUCUGACAGAGGUGGCGACAUUACAGCUAAUCUGGUUAGGAUAGCCAAUCGAUUUGCUGGCAACAGCUCUCAGCACUGCCUUCCACUUUCUUUCUAUGAAUUCGGCAAAGAAAGCUACCACAACAUGCAGCAAACUAUCUUUCACCCAAACAAACCGACUCGCGAAUUCCUACAACUUCUGUUGAACAAAGCUUUCCAAAUGAUUGUUAUUUCCAUCCAUGACAAGAGUGAUGCAAUUGUCGACGCUCAAUGCGUUUUAAUUCGAUUUGAAUUUCCGGAAAGCAGUUUUGGUGGACGUCGACUCUCUUUUGUUCGGUAUGCCGAAGACAAGAGUGCAUCUAGUAUCGGAGAAACCAACUCUGAAGACGAGAGAGCAUUGCCUCAACUGGUGCGUCUCCUUGAUCCUAGGGAAGAAGUCGAGCUCCAGGAAUUCUUACGCCGUGAUGUCCACCGUCUUUCUAUUCAAAUGAUUGUGUCAACAAGCACACCAGAAGACGAAGAAGCAUACAGUGGUUUUAUUCUACGAAACUGCUUCGGCAGAGUGGUUUGCACCGAAUUCUUCGCGGAGAAUCUCAUUGCCAAUGCGGCCGAUUAUGAAUCCGUCAAGUUUCGCUGCUUGCAGGUCCGAGGCAUCACAUCUGAUGACAUUAAAUGCAAUGCAACACUCAUGGGACAGGGCACUGCUGCUGUAAUGUGUCCUUGCACGAUUUGUAUUGCACGCAAGAAAGAGUUUGCUUCCAUCCUCACCAAACCACAGAGCGAGCUUCCUAGCAACAGAGAAGGCGACUUCGCAAAUCCAAGGCUCUAUGCAGGCUUCGUGGCCGAGGCCAAGGGACGAGCCGAUUGGGUGAGAGCCAAUUCGACAGGCCAGGCACGUGUGUUGAAGCUGAAGUAUUGCAGUGUUAUCUAUGAGCCUCUAUUGUUUACUCCGCCAUCUUUGAACAGUUGCUCAGGAAUGCAUGUCUCUAGUGGCCUGUUGACGCACUGUACCAUUAAAAUGCUCGAGUCGCUUGGCGAAAUCGACAAGCUGACACCGUGGUUGAAGGACUUGACGACUGAGUUGGAAAUCGCAAAGGAGUUCAUUGAUCAAGCGCGGUCGAGCACAGAACAACUCCGAAAGCAAGACACGAGGCUAGCUCGAGAUGUACAGUCAGCAAAGACAAUGAGAUCAAUCGAUAUCAUUCAGCAGCUCGAGGAAAGUCGCAAUCAGAUUUCCCUGACACUGAUGGCCCAAACCAAAGCACGAGACGCAGCCAAGCUCUUUGUUGAAAAAGGCAAGGAGUUUUUGGAUGGAGUAGCAAGGAAGAAUACGACCCGGAUUAUGGGCCCUGCAACGUAUUGCUUCAGAAAAGCUUAUGAAGUGGACGGGAGAGUUGCCUUUCGUGUUGAGAAUAGCGGCUUCGAGCUGUCUAAUGCUGAUGGCAUUCGCGUGCUCGAAAGGACUGACAAGAUCGCUGAGCGAAUGAAAAGAGUCUUUAACAACAAUCUACGAUUGCAGCAAGCGGUUGACACGUUGGUUGAAAAGUUUCUAGCGAUGGCACGGCUACUCUAUCGAAUGGCUGUAAUGAUGAAGAGUCAGAGAAAAUGGUCAUCGCAAUGUUGCGAGGAGUUUCACUCGGCAGCACAAGAGUAUGCGAUGCUGUGGCUUGCAUUUACCGGAGAAGACGAUUCCAAGGACGCUACCGUCUUCAACAAGCUUCAUGUGCUCGUGACACACGUCCCACAAUUUAUUAGAACACAUGGCAUGCUUGGACGGUGCUCCGAAGAAGGCUUCGAGUCAUCCCACAAGUGCAUCGAGUCAGUCCGAAAGCCAUUAGUUUGCAUGACCUCAACCGAAGACAGAGCCCACACUAUCUACCGAAGGAUCAUGCUCCAGUCUAGACCUGAGAUUGAAAGCACCUUUGAAAGUAUCAACAGCCGUUUCCACCAAGGGAAAAGAGGCCCCUACCGUAACAAAGAUCCAACCAAAAUGAAGACUGCCGAUUCGGCACCGGCAGCCAAGCCUUUUGGUGGCAUCUCCUCUUUGCCUGACGGAUUCAUUGAAUCAAUCAAUGGGUAUGUCAUCAAAGAGCGCUGGAAAGACUACUUUGAAUAUGUAUGUUUCAGCAAAGUGCCAUCGUCCUGGACCACGGUGUUUUCAGAAGACUCUCUGUUGGGUGAGGCAUGCAGAAGCAAAGCCGAGUAUAUUUAA